AUGGUGGCAUGGGAUACCAGCAUUUGCAUUCCCGCAACGGCGGCGGUCAUGGCCGGGACCUUUCUGUCAGGUAAGCGGUUGGACACCGGCAUCUCCAUCGCUUCUAUCUUGACAGAUCUAACUUCGGGACGAUCAGGAGCAAUGAUGAGUCUCUUCCUCCUGACAAUCCCGGUGAUUCAAGAUAGCAGUACAUCGACGACACAGCUCUUACGCCAGUGGAAUCUUGUCUUCUACAAGGGACACAUCCAGGGGCCCCUGAUAGCUAUCGCAACGGGGACAGUCCACAUCUUGACUGCUUGGAGAUCUGGCGAGCGCUUAUUCGCAGUUUCGGGUGCUAUCACCGUCAGCAUGAUUCCAUACACUUGGAUCUUCAUGCGUGGUGUCAACGACGCACUUUUUGCAGCAAGUGAGUGGGCGGACGAGAUCAAGGAGGGGAAAAGCGAGAAUUUGAGGCAGCUUGUGAACUCAUGGAGCCGCUUCAAUGCUGUUCGGGCAUUGUUCCCUCUUGCUGGGUCGAUUAUGGGCAUGAUUCUUCUGCUGGGGCGAUAA